GAAAAGUUUUGUUAUUAAUUAAAUACAAAACUGCCAGUUAAACUGUAUAUUUGUUCAAGUUAAAUACUAAAUUGCCACUUGAUAAAUGUUGCUAUGUUAACGAAUGGAGAAAAACACGAUAUUUCACUUCCCUCGACACCAUAUCAUCUUCCUCCAUAACUGAACUUUCUUUACACUUACUGACACCAUUAUUCCACUCAAAAACAAAAAAAUGCACAGAUUCGUAUCAUCAGUGAAGAUCACAGGACAAUACAUAAUAGGAUGGGAGUCAACUGCACGGCCGUAAGAAAGAUAAAUAGCCUCCUAUUGAAUUAGUCACGAAAAAAGUUGAAAUUUUAACCAUACAUGGACAGCUGCAAUAAUGGUUUCAACUUCAACGGCUUCAAUAAUGGUUUCAACUCCCAUUUAACUUUCAUAAAUGCAAUACAAGUUCAAUAUAAAUGUACACAAAAUUGAGGGAAGGUUAUCUUCAAGUCCUCAACCUUCACCUCAUAAGCUCCACAAAGAACUCAUCUCCCUUGCAUACUCCCUGAGCCAAAUACUGCUACUACUAGCAACACCACCAGCUUCCGAAACCAAAACUCGAAAGACAGCCGAACCCGGUAUUUUACAUAGCGGUUCACCUGUUUUACAGCCGAGAAAAAUGGAUUCAAGGUUCAAAAUAAAAACAGGCUAUAAAGAGGAUGUGGGAGAUGAACCUGUGUCUCCUACAGGACAGUACUUCAAUAGCAAUACCUUAUCAGUUCGCGUCCUAUCAAUACUGGAAUCUGAAUAUCCCAUUGACGAUUCCUGCGCACUAUCAUUACUUCAGGAUCUCUUCCUUCCCAUCAAUCCAAGAUUUUCAUCCAUUAUGGUAUUUGAUAAAACAGGUGUAAAACAAUGGAAAAGGGUGGAGGUGAACAUUCCAGAGCAUCUUCAUAUUCCCAGCUUCCCAGAGGGCUUGUCAUUAGAAGAAUAUGAUGACUAUUUUGACAAAUAUAUAACUGAGAUUGCUAUGAAGCCAUUACCAAAAGACCAGCCGUUAUGGGAAGUUCACAUCAUUAAGUACCCGACAACCAAAGCAGCUGGAAACAUCAUCUUCAAGCUUCACCAUGCGCUCGGUGAUGGCUUCUCUCUAAUGGGAGCACUUCUUUCCUGUAUGAAACGAGCGGAUAAUCCUUCCCUUCCAUUAACCUUCCCAUCAGUAAAAUCAAGCUCAGAAGCUAACAGUAAAGCUGCGGAUGAAGUAGGCUGUUUGCCAAAAACCAUUUCAGCAAUCUACAAUACAACCUUAGAUUAUGGAUUGAGUGUUCUGAAGUGCAGUUUAAUUGCUGAUGAUAGAACACCAAUUAGGUCUGGGGAUGAGGGCGUGGAAUUCCAUCCAGUACAGAUCUCUACAGUAGCAUUGUCCCUGGAUCAAAUCAGACAAAUCAAAACAGCGAUAGGAGUGACAAUAAAUGAUGUGAUUACUGGCAUAAUCUUCCUUGGGACUCGAUUAUAUAUGCAAUCAACAGGAAAAGGAUUCAGCAAUUCCGAAUCAACAGCAUUAGUGCUGCUCAACACUCGAAACAUCAAUGGUUACAAGUCUGUUGAUGAAAUGGUUAAAGCUGACUCAGAUUCGAAAUGGGGAAACCAGUUUGCAUUUAUGCAUGUCGCAUUACCUGAAUUAAUUAAUAAUUCUUCCAACCCCCUCGAAUUUAUCUCUGAAGCACAGAAAAUCAUUAAGAGGAAGAGAAAUUCUUUGGCAGUUUAUCUCACUGGUCAGAGCCUGGAGCUUUUAAGGAAAUGCAGAGGCCCUGAGGCAGCAGCUGGAUUUAUCCAUAGUACACUGCAGAAAUCAACCAUGACAAUCUCAAAUAUGAUUGGUCCAAUUGAAAAAAUGGCCUUAGCAAAUCAACCAUGCAAAGGCAUGUAUUUCAUGGUCGUUAGUGUUCCUCAGAGCCUAACAAUAACAGUUUUGAGUUACAUGCGGACAUUGAGGAUUGCAGUAGGCGUUGAAAAAGGCUAUAUAGACGUGCAGAAGUUCAACUCAUGCAUAGAGGAUGCUUUUCAGCUGAUUUACAAGGCAUCCGUUAAGAAUCCCUAAACAUGGAUUGUACCGAGAAGUUAGAUUUGAUUGUACUCUGACAAGAUGACUUUAUUCUGGCAAAGGAGGAUUUUAUUAUACUUCAUCAUUAUUGAAUAAUCAGGCUGUUUUUGCGGACAUUGAAGAUUGCAGUGGGCGUUGGAAGGAAGAUUGAAUCUUUUUCAUCGAAAACAGAAGCAAAAGAAAAUGAUAGACUGUUUCAUUUUGUUAAAACUUUACUUUUUUAUCAUAUUUUUGCAUGGAAUUGAUUAUUUCUAUUAUACAUUCUGCAUUGGUUCUCAAAUGAAGAAAUUUGUCAAAAAUGGAAACUAAAUUCACAUUCAUCUAGAUAAUUUCCGAACACACAUACCAAUGAAAACAGCUUGCCACACAUCCAUGGAGUAGGGGUGCAAAUGAGCCGAUACGCUUGAAAACAGCU